GUAAUGUAAAUGUUGUUCUUUGCCUUAGCUUUCACAUAACAUUGCUUGCUGGUACUAGAGAUCUGCUGUACUUCAUUCAAUCAGUGGGAUUUUUUUAAAGGGUGUUACUGAGAUCUGUCACUCUCUUUCUUCUUGCUGGAUCCAUUUCAAGCUUCUUCUCCCUCUUCUUCUUCUUCUUCAGCUUUUGGGGAGAAGGGUUUGGUGAGCUUAGAGUUGGGAAAAUGGCGAGCGGUGGUGGGUAUGGGGAUGCCAAUCAGAAGAUAGAUUAUGUGUUCAAAGUGGUGUUGAUCGGAGACUCUGCGGUGGGCAAAUCUCAGAUUCUGGCGCGGUUUGCCAGAAAUGAGUUCAGCUUGGAUUCGAAGGCUACAAUCGGCGUCGAGUUUCAGACUAGGACGCUCGUUAUUCAGCAUAAGAGUGUUAAAGCUCAGAUCUGGGAUACUGCGGGCCAGGAGAGAUACAGAGCAGUUACAAGUGCAUAUUACAGAGGGGCUCUUGGGGCAAUGCUUGUCUAUGAUAUCACGAAACGCCAGACCUUCGAUCAUAUCCCUCGGUGGCUUGAGGAGUUGCGGAGCCAUGCGGACAAGAACAUCGUCAUCAUCUUAAUAGGAAACAAAAGUGAUCUCGAGGACCAGCGUGCAGUCCCCACCGAGGAUGCCAAGGAAUUCGCUGAGAAAGAAGGAUUGUUUUUCUUGGAGACCUCGGCACUGGAAUCAACCAAUGUGGAGAGUGCCUUCAUGACUGUCCUAACUGAAAUCUUCAAUAUCAUGAACAAAAAGAACUUAGCUGCUGGAGAAAAUCAAGGCAAUGGCAACUCUGCAUCCCUUGCCGGUGGUAAGAAGAUCAUUAUCCCAGGACCGGCGCAAGAAAUUCCAGCUAAGAGCAAGAUGUGCUGUUCUUCAACAUGAUUCGUUUGGAAGUAGGCUGAAAUGGGGCGAUCUAGGUUCAUGCAUUCCUUGAUUAUAGCAAUUUUUUUUUUUACUGGUGUGAUGUUUUUCUGAGGUCAUUUGUAUAUUUUAUUGUAUGCUUUAGUCUGCUAGAGCUAGCAGCUGAAGUUUAUAUACUUGGAAGGACGACAAAUGAGGUUGUCAGUUACCUUUUUUUAAAUAGAAGCUGUCUUUAUAUCUGGAAAUGUGAGAAAAUUUGAAGUUAAUACUAUGAAAACUUACUGCCUGUUGUCUUUCA